AUGCCCAUCGCCAACGAAGUCAAUCUGCAAGUCUAUCUAUCCGCAAUUCGCCCUAUCAUGAUCUACGGAUCGGAGACUCCGGCAGACCCUUCGUCGGUGACGGAGAAGCACGACUACAUGGAAAAAAAGCUGCUUAGACGGAUGCUUGGCUACUUCUGCUCAAUGGUGUACCAUAACAAUGAACCCUACUCGGAAGUGCAUAUGAAGAUCCAGCAAUAUGUUGACAUUCUUUAUCUUUGCAGCGAGUGUGUAAACGACGUCGGACGAGACGCUUCAAGAGCUUCUAACGAUUCAAAGAGAUUCAAACGUUUCGUCAUUCAAUAG